AUGAAGGAAAUUCAACAUGAUUAUAAAUUCGUACUAAUCUCGUUAAUACUUUUUAUCUUUAUAUUUUAUUCUUAUGAACCUGAUUUUGGACUUCUGGAAACUAUUGGCGGAAUAUUGAGCAUUUUAGCAGGUGAACCUAUAAACGCUUCAUUUCCGAUUACAUUCUAUCAAUCUGCGUAUGUUGAUUAUCGAUUUAAUCCCCCACGUCUUCGAAUAUUUACACUAAACAAAUGUGUAAAGAAUAAUCAAUUCUUGUUAUCUGACCUACAUCUCAAUGGGAAUAAUUCUGCACCAGUCAGAAAAAAAAUUUAUGGGAAACCUCUGGAUGGGCACUGUCCAUCAAUUUAUAUUCCAGCAUCGUCAUGUCUCUAUGUCCCGUAUACAUUUUCAAUUACCUUGAAACAAAAUGAAGAUCCGAAAAAUGUAGUUUUGUAUUUUGAAAUGACAAAAGUAAUACAAUAUUUCCAGGUUACCAUUUUCUUGGGCAGUGGGAAAGUAGAAUUAAAUGUUCAAAAGAUUUAUAAGAAGUCAACGGAAGGGAUCACUGUAUGUCUUCAACCAGUGUACUACUUCUCUCAAUGGCAGAAUAUAGUACUGUAUAUUGAAGCAUGGAGAGCUCAAGGAGCCACUCGCUUCAUUGUAUACUUUCAUUCUGCAACAAAAGAAACUUGGAAGACGUUGGAGUAUUACAGAGACUUGGGAUUGAUUGAAAUCAAAUCCUGGCCCAGUUUCCCAAGUUUACCAGCUGACAUCGCUGAUAAAUAUCCCAAAAUUGACGAUAGCGUUUUCAUACUUUCAUAUUUCAUGGCUAUGAAUAUCUGUAUUCUCGAUAUCAAAACAACAAUUGGAACUGUUGCUGAUUUUGAUGAAGUCAUGGUUCCAACGAAUGGUAGACUUCUGGAUUAUGCGACUAAAGAAAUGAUGGGUACUAAAGUUGGAGCUCUUUCCUUCGAGAAUCAUUACAUAUCAUUGACCCCAAAAAUCUAUACAUCUAACUUCUCUAGAGUGGCAUCACCGAAGUUUCAGACUUUCGGUAAACAGACAAAAUACAUUUUCAACGCAUCUGUUCUUGCCAUUGCACAAGUUCAUUGGCCUCAUAGCUUUGUUGAUUCUUAUUUUUCUUGGACGAGGACAAAAAAAGUAAGUUUUUUUCAGAAACUUGAAGUAUUUUUCCAAAUGAGUAGCUUCCAGGCAGAAGGUGCACUUCUUCAUUUUCGAUAUGAACCUGGAGUUGGAAAUCUUGAAACUACGGAAAAGCCUUUCCGUUUCUUCCCAGACAAUCCUUCUAUUCAUAUCAAAAAUAUGGAAGAUACGGCUCAAAACAUAUUCAACGGUGUGAUGCCAAAGUUUUCUUCAAAACCAUACGACGCUUUACAGAAAUGUGUCAGUAAAAUUAUCCCAGUGGAAGAUAAGGUCUGCCGGAGUACAAGUGGAAUCUGUAGAGAUGAAAUGGAUAAAGUGGAGGACUGGGUUUAUGACAAAUCUGAACCAAUAUUUUUGGUAGCAUCCUAA